AUGCCAUUGCAAUACGUAGUUAGCGACACUAAGAGUGGCUUUGAUCAACUCAAGAUCGAAGACACCAAGGAAGUUCAAUCCCUUAAGCCUAAUGAGGUUCAGGUAAAUCUCAAGGCGGCUUCUCUCAAUUACAGAGAUUUGAUUAUUACAAAGGGCAUGUAUCCUCUUCAUUUGAAUCUUCCGGUAGUUCCCGGCUCUGAUGGUGUCGGUGUUGUUGAAAAGGUCGGUAGUGAUGUGGAUGAAUAUAAGCCUGGCGACAAAGUGGUUUGCAAUUUCUUCGCUGAUUACGUUGACGGAAAACCAACCCAGCACGGCUAUGGUAGUGCCUUGGGUGGUACUGUGAACGGUGCUUUCCGCAAAGUUGGUUUCUUCCCUGCUCAUGCCCUGAAUCAUGCACCUAGGAACUUGAGCUUCGAAGAGACAUCCACUUUGCCUUGUGCUGCCGUGACCGCAUGGAACGCCUUGUUUGGUUGCGAGGAUAAAUUGAAACCGGGUCAAAAUGUCUUGAUCCAGGGUACUGGUGGUGUUUCCAUCUUUGCUCUCCAAUUCGCCGCGGCUGCUGGUGCUCGUACCACAGUACUUUCUUCUUCCGAUGAGAAACUGAAAAUUGCCAAGAAUUUGGGUGCUACCAACUUGAUCAAUUACAAGACGAACCCCGAAUGGGCCAAACCUGCUUUGGAAGCUACCGACAAUGUUGGUUAUCAUCAUGUCGUCGAAGUCGGCGGUGAAAAAACAUUGGGUCAAUCUUUGGAUGUCUUGGUUUUAGGCGGAGUCAUCAGCUCGAUUGGUUUCCUUGCUCAAGAAGGUGCCAGCCUUAACGUCACCUCGUUGAUUGGCAAAAUUCUCAACAAGAAUGCCAUCAUCCGUGGUAUCUUUGUUGGACAUGUCCACAUGUUUGCAGACAUGAUUGCUUGUAUUGAGGCAAACGAUAUUCACCCUCUCGUUGACAAGGUAUUUCCCUUUGAACAGCUGAGGGAAGCUUAUGACUACCUAUGGAGUCAAAAGCACGUUGGUAAGGUUGUUCUCAAGAUUGAUUCUUAA